ACCGCCUCUGCCGUGAAAGAGAAACUGGGAGGAGUCCAGGAGGCCACGGGCUAGAGGAAUCAAAGUCUCCUUGAUGGCUGUCCAGGGAUGCGUGUUGUCUCUGUGGCUGUGGCUAUGGCUGUCUGUGCUGCCGGUGCUGCUGGGGGCCAGAGCUGCCGGAUCGCGGUGGAGAGGGGAGGGUACCACGCCUCACCUCCAGAGCAUCUUCCUGGGCCGCUGCGCAGAGUACACCACACUGCUGAGCCUUCAGCCUGGGAACAAAAACUGCACAGCCAUCUGGGAGGCCUUCAAGGUGGUGCUGGACAAGGACCCCUGCUCUGUGCUCCCCUCAGACUAUGAUCUCUUCAUUAACCUCUCCAGGCACUCCAUUCCUAGGGACAAGUCACUGUUCUGGGAAAAUAACCACCUACUUGUGAUGAGCUAUGCAGAGAACGCCCGCCGCCUUAUGCCCCUGUGCGACGUUCUGUAUGGCAAAGUUGGCGAUUUCUUGAGCUGGUGUCGACAGGAAAAUGCCUCUGGACUUGAUUACCAGUCCUGCCCCACAUCAGAAGACUGUGAAAACAAUGCUGUGGACUCCUAUUGGAAAAGUGCGUCCAUGCAGUAUUCAAAAGACAGUUCAGGGGUGAUCAAUGUCAUGCUGAAUGGCUCCGAGCCAACAGGAGCCUAUCCCACAAAAGGUUUUUUUGCAGAUUUUGAAAUCCCUUACUUACAAAAGGAUAAAAUCACAAGGAUUGAUAUCUGGGUCAUGCAUGAAGUUGGAGGACCCAUUGUGGAAUCCUGUGGAGAAGGCAGUGUAAAGAUCCUGGAAGACAGACUGGAGGCCCUGGGGUUCCAGCACAGCUGUACCAACGACUACCCACCAGUGAAGUUCUUGAUGUGUGUGGACCAUAGCACCCACCCCGACUGUGUCAUGAACUCAGCCCCAGCAUCUCUAGGGAGGGAGAGCCCAUCUCUUCAUGCAAUAGGAGACGCCAGCUUUAUCAUCUCUCUACUACUAGCUUUGGCUUCAAGUUCUCAAGGGUGACUAGAAAAUCACCACCGUGUUCCAACAGAAGCCAGCUUCACAGCUACCCUUGAGCAGUCCAUUGCCUGCUAACUAAGGGAGCCCACUGUCUUAAGACAAUUCCUUCUUGGAAAACAGUGUAACCAGACGGUAAUCCAACUGUAUUUACAUUUAUGAUUCAAUUACAUUUAUGAUUCAAGAAACAAGAAACAAUUAUCGAGCCCUGUUUGGGCAGGCAGAAGUUGCUACUAUGGAGUUAAAGUUAUCAUUUCUUAUUUGAUAAUGAUACAAAGCACUGAGAACCUGGAGUGUAGUAUGAUCUUAUAUAAUCAAAUGUAUUUUUAGAAGCAUCUGUAGUUUAUAUUUUCUGCAUUUUCUUGUGUUUCAGAAGAUACAAUAUGUGCAUGUUAAGAGCUUCAAUUCCAUGUACAGUAUAUAAAGGUAUACAUAGAUAGAUGUUAUACAAAGAUGUAUAUAUAUAAAGAUGUCUAUUUAAUGGCUACUUAUAAUGAGGGGACAACCCGAAAUGUCAUUCACACCCACAAACACACACAGAUUCCGAACUACUACUUAAUGUUUUGUCUACACAUAGGACGGAAUGUUCACUUAACAAGUAAACAUCACAUGUGUCACCUGACUGGUGAACAGCUAAGUCAGCUGUGGUGCAUUCCGUGCUGGGAAAUCCUGCUCAGCGAUCAAAAAGAACCAGUACUGAUGUAUAGAAUCCUACAGAUGGCAAUUCCAGUGCAUUGUGCUGUGGGAAAGACGCCUGACCUAACGGCUACACACUGCAGAUAAAGAUACAGAGUUUGGAAAAGGACAAAACUGUGGAGAAAGAGGAAUGCGGUGGAUUCCAGGAUGGGCGUGUGGGGUGCACGAGGAAUGGGGGAGGGGCUAAGUAAAAGGAGAAGGAACAAGGUGGCAUCUCACAUAAACAUCUCCAAACUCUCAGAGCUGCGCAUCAGAGGGAGUAAAUCUCACAGGAUGCAAAUUUAACAUCUUUGUCUUCGGUAAACCUUUAAUCACAUAAGAAAAUGUUAAUAUGUGCAAGAGAUAGGAUAUAAAACUACUCACAAUAUGAUGCAAGUGUUAUGACAUAUAACAUGAAUGUAAGAAAUCCUAUCAUAAAUGUGUGUCUGUAUCACAUACAUACACUGUAAAUGGAUGAAAGAAAAUAACCCUAAGACAGUGCGGUUCUCUCUGGAGAGUAACCUCACAGAUAUUCUAUUUUUGACCUUUGGCUUCUAAAUAUUUUUCACUUCUUUACAAUGUAUUAAAGAAAAAAAAAGGAAACCCACUUACCAUAUUUGUGCAGAAAUGUGAUCUAACAAAGAAUAUUUCUAGAAGAGAAUAAAACAAAAAUGAAAUCUUGUCAUAGAUACAUCUGUUCUCCACCUAUAGCAAGCAGGCCUGAGAGUUGCCUGAUGCUGGUGUGGGGGAUGGGAACAGAGGAUUUGAGGUUAGGGUGGAGGCAUUCCACAGCUCCUGGACCAUCAGGGGUCCCCCUGACUGUCUCAGUGGCCCAGUCAUCUAUGGACAUUCUGAGGACUGCCCUGGCAGCCAGGCCUAUGGCUUCAUGCCCCACCCUGCAGCACUGAGUUCAAUAAAGUUCCUUUAUUGCCACCAUCUCUUGAUCCCAGUGAGGCCCACCGACAUUGCUGAUGUUUAACUCCUGUGGCCUCUUAAGCAAACAUUCCCACAAACCUGGGAAACCAUUCACUCAAGGAUCAAUGCAGUCAGCAGAGGUUCACAAUUGUGGACUGCGGGAGUCACUCCAUACCCUCCCGAGGCAGUCUCUCCUCCUCUUUCCUUCCCCACGGUGUGUGUGUAAAUCAUACAGGGAAUUUACGGCAUCCUCAGCCUUCCACGCCUUUAUCCCAGAGCCUGGGAGGCAGGUGCAGAUGGAUCUCUGUGAGGUCAAAGCUAAUAUGCCUUCGCAGUGAGUUCUGAUUCUUGAUUCCUGAUUUCUCUUCCUUCUUCACCUAAUUCCACCCCUUUGGAAGCCACACAUGAAUUUGCUCUAUGAGGCUCAAUCAGGGUAAAGUUUAUAGCGUGAUACUAGGACCUGACACUUCUAAUGCUUUGAACCCAAAUAAAUUGCUUCUUGGUGAAGUGGCUUACGUGAGUGGUGUUGUAAUACAUGGAUACCUCUCCAGUUGCCUUCACCCUCACCACUAUCGCCAUGAAUACAGCUAGCACUGUUGCGAUAUAUGUAGCACGCCUUCCAGCUUUUAUACCCAGCACACACCCAGGUACCUGCUAGGCCCAUGGAGUCCUUCUUAUAUAUUAGGAUGCUUUGGGACUUGUGAGGGGUGGGAACAUGGUUAGAUUCAUUGUGGUGAAGAACAGAUGUAACAAGUGAGGUACUAUAGAGUAGCAAAGACUUGACCUAUAGAAGAGGCUCAUAUGAUACAGUCACUAUUGCUUACUGUAAAAAUGCUAUUACUUCUUAGAGGCGCCAUGCCCAGCUCGGUAUCACCCAAUUCACUUCAGUGCUAGAGCCCGCCCGUGUGUGCCCUAUUUUCCCAUGUGAACAUGCUGUUCCCUCUGCAUUGAUCGUUUUUCCUGCUCUGUCUGGCAAAUAUAAAGCCCUGCUUAGACAUCACCUCCUCUCCUAGAACCUUUUUUAGUUUAGAAAAACAAUAACACCAUUCGUACACAUCCCGUUACAGGCUUCCAAGUCUUCGUCCUUUGUUUGAUUGUUUGUUUGCUUUCUGUUUUGAUUUGUUUUUUUCCGAGACAGGAUUUCUCUGUGUAGCCCUCCCUGGCUGUCCUGGAACUCACUAUGCAGAUCAAGCUGUCCUCAAACUCACAGAGAUCCUCCUGCCUGUGACUUCCAAGCACUGGGAUUAAAGGCAUGUGCCAACACUGAGCCUCACUCUUUUCCCUCUUACCUCCUCAGCCUCCGUGAAAUCCACUAACUAGAUCCCUUACCAUUGUCUUGCUAUUUUUUGGGUCUUUGCCAAACCUGGAUUUAAUCUGGACUAUGGUUUCCUGGCUUCCUUGAAGACUUAACUAUAUUUGCAGGCCUGGCUUAGCUGAGUUUGAGAUAUUUGGAUAACCUGAAUGUGCUUCCGUGUGAACUAAGCUCUGAAAAAAAAAUGCACUAGUGGCAAGUCUCUCUUGGAGGGGACCAGGAAAGGGCAGAGACGGUAUUCAAAGUACCGUGAGCCACACUUUCCUGUAUGUAUUCUACAUUUCAGUAAAAUCUUUGAAAUGUCUGGUAUUUCUUGUGUGUGUGAAGGAAGCAGAGAGAGA